AAUUAGCGACUGAACAGAAACGUGUGUGUGUUCCAGUGACAAAAUGUAUCUUUAAAGAGAAACCUGAAUAUAAGCAGUAUGGGUCCUGUUAAAAAACGAAAACGUGGUCCCAAAAAUCGAGAGACAAAAGUGCAUCUAAUAUUUGACGAAAAAGCCCGAAAAGAGUACCUAACUGGGUUUAGGAAGAGAAAAAAUGAACGCAGACAAAAGGCAAAGGAGAAAAUGGAAAGGCAUUUGAAAGAAGAGAAAAGGAGAAUUAAACAAGAGGCGAGAGAUUUCAGGAAAGCUCAUGUGCAGAACUUUACGCCAGUUCCUGAGGUUGAUCAUCUUGUGGAGCAGAAGACAUACAACCUUCCACAACAUACUGUGAUAGUCACAGAGAUAGAUAACUCUGAGAUUAUGAACAACAGGGGCUUCCUUGGAGUAAAUAGGGAUGAAUCUGAUGCUGAAGUCAACACUGACAAUAAAGAAACCGUUCACGGAAAGGGUAAAGUAAAAGCCAGAUUGAAGAUUACAAAACAUGGUAAAAUGCAGUUGAAGAAAGCUGGAAAACCAAAGCAUAAAAAUAUGACCCAUCUACAAGAUAAACAUAAACUCAAAAAAGAAAGGGACAAGAGGAGAAAGGCUGAAAAGAUUAUAAGAGGAAAACAUCAAAGGAAACGCACAAAUCCAGGAUGAAAAUACAUUAUUCUUUGUAUAUUGUCUUCACCAGAGGUAAAUGAAUUCCUUCUUAGUUCAUAUAAAAUGAGAUGCUAGUUUAAUAUCAGACAGAGAUGUUAUUAAUGAUAUGGAUGGCUGUUUCAAUGUGAUAACAUCUGUAGGUAUAUAAGCAUACUGCAUCAUGCAGCCUAAUUACCACUGCAAGAAAAAUGAAGGAAGAGCACCACCACAGGAAUCAGUUUUCCAAAAUGAUAGAAACUUUUACUGUCCAUGAAAGUGUCCUCUGUGUGUUAAUUUGACACUUUAUAGCAUAACAUUGGCAACAGUAUUGUGAAUGUUGAAGGAGAAUGGACAGUUCCCAAAAAAUGUUGAAAUAAGCAAAAAGAAUUUUACAGAAAAAAUAAGCUCAAAAUGUCAGUCUCCCCAGCAUGGAAUUAAAAUAAAUCGUAAUGCUUUUUGUGUGUUUGAAAACUUCAGAAACAAAGUUUUUCCAUUGAUUCUCAUGAAAGCCUUCAAAUUGAACUUUUUAGUCCCAAGUUGUGCAUGAAACCCCAUAUCAUGUUAUCUGCAAUCUCUAUAGUUUAAUGUGACAUUUGGGGUUCUUAAUUGAAUUCAUUAGUCUGAAAGCAUAUCAGCUGUUUGUUUUUUAGUUAACAUGCUAAAAAAUAUGAGUGUCUGAUUGAUAGAAUAAAAUGCAGUAGAUAUUAGGAUA